GCAGCUCCAAAAGCAACACGCCACUUUUGUACAUUUCCUAAACUCCAACAUGCCAUCUUCAGUGCUACAGCCAUCUACAAUUCGUAUGCAAUGACUUCCAAACGCUCAGAAGACCUUCUCGUAAGUCUUCUGAGGUCUGCAUACCGCAAUGCACGACAUGGCUCCCCCGCCCGAACCUCGACGUCUCUAGCUUCACGACCGCUGAGUUCCCUGGCAGCUCCGAGCAGCCUUCUUCACUCGUCAAUCCGAAAGCAGGUCGCUUGCUCUCGGUCCGGGAAGUUCCCCCGAUCUCAGACCCGGACGUUCGCGACCGUUAAAGCAGACAAUGGCAAGACCCGGGAAAUCGCCGUUCUUGGUGGUGGCGUCACUGGCUUGACGGCCGCACACUACUUGGCCCGCUAUGCGAAAGACGCACAUAUCACCCUAUAUGAAGCGUCUGAUAGGCUUGGUGGAUGGAUACACGGGCAGCUGGUACCGACAGGAAACGGGGAUGAGAAAAUAUUAUUUCAGUCUGGUCCGCGCAUGCUUCGUCCGGGUGGCGCGAGUCUCAAGUAUGAUGACCUCGUCUUCUACGAUGUAUUGAUCAACUUAGGCAUUGAACAUAAACUUUUACCCCACGAAGGUCUUCCUAAUGCCCGUUACAUAUAUUACCCGGACCACCUAGUCAAGUUACCUGAUCCAUCUCGUAAGAGCAUUCUUGAGAUACUCCGGUCCUACCUUACAGAGCCCAUCUGGGAUGGGGCCUUGAAAUCGGCUUUUAAUGCCGCACUCGCAGCGAUGAAUACGCCCCCAGAUAGUGACUCUCGCAGUUCCUUGUUGGAACAAGACGAGUCUGUGGGAGAAUCUCUAGGCCGGCUUUUCAAAGAUGACAGGCAUAUUAAUAAUAUUAUAUCGGCCAUAGCGCAUGGUAUCUACGGCGGCGAUGUGUACAAAUUGAGUGUGAAGCACACCAUCUUCGAGCCAUGGUGGCGUUCUACUAUACUCCCAAGUAAUCAUGACAACAUUUACCUAGAACUUAAGGAACUGGUUCUAGAACUUGGCAUGUCGAGAACCCCUAACAGAAACAAGAUUGCGACAUUAGCCAAUAAAGCGGUCCAUUGGAAAACUAUGGCGUUUGAAGAUGGUCUGCUCACCCUCAAAAACAGUUUAAUAGAAGAUUUGAGGAACCAGAGAAAUGUUACGGUCAAGACCAGUACUCCAGUCACUUCUCUGGCGUAUAAAGACGACCGAGUGUCGGUGACCUCGACGGAUAAGAAGAAGCAGAAACAAACAAAGCAAUACGACCAAGUAAUCAGCACCAUCUUCUCCAAACACCUCGCCGGGCUGGUUGAGCCUAAGGGCAGCCUCACCUCGCUGAGCCAAACUCAUGCCGUGACCAUCAUGGUCGUCAACAUCUGGUUCCCGAACCCGAACCUUCUCGCGAACAACCCGGGCUUCGGCUACCUGGUACCGACGUCGACGCCAGAUAACGACGCGUGCAUACUGGGCGUGCUCUUCGACUCGGACAUGGAGCUGAGCUCCUCGGAACGCCGCGGCACGAAGCUCACCGUCAUGAUGGGCGGACACUACUGGGACGGCUGGGUCGAGUACCCGACGGAGGAAAUGGCGAGCGCGAUCGCGCUGGAGGCGGUCCAGCGGCACUUGGGAAUCGACCCGGCCGAGGCCGAGCAGGCCGUGACGCACGCGUACCUCGCGCGCGAGUGCCUGCCGCAGCACUUCGUGGGCCACCAACAGCGCAUGAAGGACGCACACUACGAGCUGCUGAAGUCUUUCCAGGGCCGCCUCUCCGUCGCCGGCCCCAGCUACACGACAAUCGGGGUGAUGCCGGCGAUGCGGGCGGGCUGCGAGGCCGCCAUGCGAGUCGCGCGGGGGCACGGCCCCCCUUGGUUCUACCACGAGAGGCACGGACGACGCCUCGGCGCAGUCGACGACGACGGCAACUACCACGAAUUCCCCGACCACGUCGGCGUCACGGGCCUCCUGGGCUUCACGAGGCCGUAUGCGAAGACCUUGUGCCAAGUGGAAAGUUCCUCUUUGCGGUAUAAGAGGUGGUGGAAGGGUUACGCUGUUAAUAAUGGUAAGUAGAGUAGGUCCCUAGGUCCCCAGGUAGGUAGGUAGGUACCUAAGGUUAGGUACAUAGGGAAAUAAAUUCCAGGGCUCUGGGGCUGGGGCUGGGGUGUUGAGAUGAAAAUGUGAUGAGACGCGAUGUGAUGAAUGGCUGGGAGUAAGGGUAAAGGCAGGGGUGUAGGUAGGUACUACCUAAUAUCUAUAAGUCGACAGGUUUACGAAAAUAAACGGGGAUCGGGUCGGAGGGAAGGGCCUAGGAUUGAUGGGCAUGAUGGUAUUAUGGGAGGUGGGAGGUGAGAGGCGGUGAUGAGAUAUUAGCAUAUCUAAGGUACCUUAUCUAAGGUAUCUCGAUGUUAAAAUAUAAGCGUACAUAUGUUGGAAAUAUAAAUAAAUACAUCUAUCUUACUAGCUAGUGGUUUUACGAGGACUAGUUAGAGGAAUGAGAAACGCGGU